CCCCUCUCCACCAUGAGCUCUGGAAGACGACUGACACCAAACUUCCCCCGGAGCCACUCAUAAUUGUGCUUUCAGCUUAAAAGUUGGACUUUUGGGCUUGUGCAUACUUGGGUCUCGCCUCCACCGCCGCGUCGCUCUUGCACACAAUGCCUCUAGGAGUCCUUAGUCCGCAGGUCAAAAGCUCCCUGAGUGGGAGCACAUUUUUGGACCGUGGAUCCAUAGCAGAGCAGGGACCGGCGCCGCCGCUCCGUAGCUACCUUUGUUUGACCAUUUUUACCUGCUUUUGUCCGGCAUACCCCAUCAACAUUGUGGGCCUGGUCUUCUCUGUCUGGUCCAGAAGGAGCUAUUAUAACGGAGACUACGACGGGUCCAGGCGUCUGGGCAGGAACGCGCUCUAUGUGGCUGUCGCCUCCAUCAUCAUUGGUCUGCUCAUCAUCGUCAUCUCCUGCAUUGUUCAUUUUACCAAAAUGGAGUUUUAGCAGAGUGGAAGUGGAGAGAGUGGGAGAAGGGAAAUAAGACUCUCACAGAAACGUCAGAGGACAUGUUGGUUGGUUCAUGCCAUCUGCCAAUGAGAGGCUCGUGUUUACUUCAGUCUGUACAUCACUUCCACUCAUGUUUCCUUUUCUUUACACGAACAAUCCACCUGCUUACAAAUGUAUUAAUUGUAUAAUGAAUUCAAUAGAUUUUAUACUUUUUCUACAAAGUCCAAAAUAUCUAAUCUUUGCUUAAAUGUUUAGUAAGACAUUAAUAUGUUGUGCUAUAUUUUUACUCGUUCUGAUAUCGUGUCAGUGUGUGGUGCCGAAAAUAAAAUGACUUGUGUGUCUAACAUGUGAAUUGAGAAAAGCCAUGACUCAUCUGGCAACUAAAGCAAAUUGUGUGACAGGAAAACUAAUCACACUAUCACAUAACACGUAGAAAGGGUUAAAACCAGCAACGCACUCAACCAGAUGCCUAUUUGAAAUAUUUCUCUUGCACGCGACAUCCUCCUUGACCUUUGACCUGUAAUUGAAGUUGCAGAAAGCAUGUCCUUGUAGUUUGAUCUGCGAUAGUACCCUCCCCACUAAAUAUAGCCGGGCCCUCCUGGCGCUUCAGGUUGGCCAGGCUGUCACAUGGUCCAGCAAAACAGACCCUGUUGCGAGGUAACAGAAACAUGCAAUGUGUCAUAAGAGGUGGGAUGAAAUAAAGUGAUGAUUCAGGUGGGUUCAA